CAUGUUGAUUUAACUAAUAUGCAAAUGAGUCUAUGAUGUCAUCUAGUGAUUUUUUUUUGGAGUGUACAUUAGCUACUUCCCCCUGAAUAGAGUAGGCAGCGUUGAAUCCUCAGAGCUCAGAUCAGACUGCAAUGACACCACACUGCUCACACACAGUGCACAUAUGGGGUUUAUAAACAGUUUACAUAUCCUAAUUUUGUCUAUAAAUACUGCUGAGGUAUGGGAGCUGCGGUUUUGUCUUCAUUCAAUGAGACUAUGCAAAGGACUGCCAUGACUCAACCCACAGUGACUGUGAUAAAUGGGAAUAUAAGUGCAAGCUGUAUGGUGCCUUAUGAUGAGGGUCGCAUUCCACUCCUGGUGCUCUACAUUGCCGUGCUGAUUUUAGGGCUGCCGGCCAACAUGGCCACCAUCUAUCUGACAAUCCGAAAGGUACUGCACAACAAUGUUCUGGCCAUCUACCUGCUGAGCCUAUCGCUAAGUGAUUUCACCUACCUGUUGACGCUGCCUUGGUGGGCCAUUUACGUGAGCAGGAGCCACCACUGGCCCUGGAGUUCUCUGGCAUGCCAAGUCACGGGGUAUAUCUUCUUCACCAACAUGUACAUCAGCAUCUUCCUGCUCUGCUGUAUCUCCAUAGAUCGCUAUGUAGCCGUGGCCUAUGCUUUGGAGUCACGUGGACUCCGUCACCAGAAACUUGCUGCUUUUGUGACUCUUAUUAUUUGGGGUGUGGUGGGCCUUGGUCAUGCCCCUGUUUUCAGCAUGCCCGUGAGCCAGGAUGCCAAAGGAGAGUACCGCUGCUUCGAGCCGGAUCAAAACACAGCCACUGUGACAGGGUUCAACUAUGCUCGCUUCAUUGUGGGCUUUCUUGCUCCGCUAGCUGUGCUAAUCUACACCAACCACAGCAUUUUGGACAACGUGCGUGCAAGUGUGAGUAUUACUGUGCACCAGAAGCAGAAGGUGCGUCGAUUGGCUGUGGUUGUGGUGCUGCUCUUCCUGCUCUGCUUUGGCCCAUACCACAUGCUGCUGCUGUUACGUGCCAUUACUUUCCACUUCCCAUCACUCCAGGAUGAAUGCACCUUUGAGCUGCACGUCUACACACCCUACAUCAUCUCGCUGGGGCUGUCCACAAUCAGCAGUGCCACAAAUCCUGUCCUGUACAUGCUGUCCAGCGAUAACAUCAAAAAGGAGUUCCAGUGCCGUGUGACAAGCCUCAGGAGUAGAUUCUGCCAAUGCUGUGUAGAUACCAGCCCGGACACAAGCACAAAAACUCUUAAUACACAAUGCCAAGGGACCAGAAUGGACUGAGGACUGAUUAUCUGAAACAGUGGCUUUUAAACAGGACAUAUUUUGAGUUUUCAGGAAAGCUAAAAAGAUAUAGAGUAAAAGAUGUACCAAGUUUAUGUGGGGGAGUACAGUGCACAUGACCUUACAUAUUUUACACGAUUGAUCACCUUCUGUCUCUUCUUAUGCACAAUGACCACUUGAAGGUCUACUGAAAUAGACUUUUAUGGUAUCACCAUUUUCAGUAAUAGCAGGCAAAGUCACUGAGAUGAGACAAAGAGAUUUUUCUCCAUUCUCAUGUAUGACAUGAGCAUUAACUGAAGCUCUUGUCCUGUAGCUGCAGGAUUGUAUGCAUUGCACUACUGCCAUAUGACUGGCAGAUUGUAUUAAUUGCAUGAAUGUGCAGGUGUUCCUAAUAAAGUGGUCAGUGAAUGUACAGUGUUGUGAAAAAGUGUAUAUCUCAUCCUAAAUUGUUUCAGAAAUUAAAACAAAAUCUAAGAUAAAACAAAGGCAACCUGAGUAAACACAAAAUACAGUUUUUAAAUGAUGAUGUUAUUUAUUGAAGCAAAAAAGUUAUCCACCACCAACUUGAACUGUGUGAAAAUGUAUUUGCCCCCCUGGUUACUAAUUCCCAAAUCUAUGAAACACAAAAGAGUCAAGGACAACAUCAAAGGACCUACAUCAAUAAAGGUUCAUGACUCCACUAUCAGAAAGACACUGGGCAAAAAUGGCAUCCAUGGAAGAGUGGAGAGGUGAAAACCACUGCUAACCCUGAAGAACAUUAAAACUCGUCUGAAUUUUGCCAAAACACACUUUGAUAAUCCUGAAACCUUUUGGGAGAAUGUUCUGUGGAUUGAUGAGUCAAAAGUGGAAUGGUUUGGAAGACAGGGGUCCCGUUACAUCUGGCAUAAACCAAACACAUAAUUCCACAAAAAGAACAUCAUACCUUCGGUCAAGCAUGGUGGUGGAAGUGUGAUGGUGUGGGGAUGCUUUGCUGCUUCAGGGCCUGGGCAACUUGCAAUAAUUGAGGGAAACAUGAAUUCUGCUCUCUACCAGAAAAUCCUAAAGGAGAAUGUCCGGUCUUCAGUCUGUAAGUUGAAACUCAAGCGCAACUGGAUUAUGCAGCAAGACAAUGAUCCAAAGGAUAGGAGUAAGUCCUAGUCCUAGAAGUACGUGAAAGACUGAUUCCAGUUAUCAGAAGCGUUUGACUGCUGCUAAAGGUGGCACAACCAGAUUUUAAGUUUAAGGGGGCAAUUAGUUUUUCACAUGGGUGAUAGGUGUUGGAUAACUUUUUUUGCUUCAGUAAAAUCAAUCAAUAAAUAAAAACUGUAUUGUGUGUUUACUCAGGUUGCCUUGGUUUCAGGUUGUAUUUCUUUUGAAGCUCUAAAACUAUUUAGUAUGAGAUAUACACCAAAACAGAAGACAUACAGCACUGUAUAUAGCGGAACUCUGUCCUACCUGCCCCUAUAUAUGCGGCACCACUGGCAUACUAUACAAAAUGUUUAUGAUAUUGACUGAUAAUGAUAUCAUGGAUUUUAACAGAAUUGUUAUUUUCUUUAAAUGUAUAGUCAUAAUGACACCAUUUUGUUCCUAAAAGAGGCCAAAAAGCGAUCUCCAAACAAGCUGUUUGUGAUAAAUCUGAUAAGGCAUCUGAUUUUAGAUUCAUACAUAUUAUUCAUACACACUAAGUAUUUGAGAAUGUGCAGUUUUCCUUUAUCUGCUGUGUCUACUCCAUCGUCUGACCCUCACUCUCUGGCUUCAUGGCACCUCAGGAUAAAAUAAAUUAGUAGACAGUAGAAAAUACACCAGAACAGUGGAAGCCUUCUUGAAAAGCGUCAAACUUCACAAACAUCUUGAAGAAGAUUUUUGAAACCGUGCCAGUGAUGUUAUGAUUCACCUGACUGUGUGGGUAGUCAGGAAAAACACCAUGACACUGAUAAUGCACGAAACAGUGACUGCAGCAGAAGUUCCCACACUGUAGCUUUUGAAACUGUGGCACGUGGUGACAAAAUGCCAGAAGUGUUUCACUGUGAACAGCAUAUGCUCUAAUCUUAUCACAGAUAUAUUGCCAUAAACAAGGUUUAAAUAAUGAGAUAUUUGAUAAUAGGUUGUUAAAAAUAUUAUACAUAAAAAAAUAAACACAUUUACAAAUCCACUGUUUGGGCUCACAGCUGUGUGAAUAGUUGUCUUUCGAACGUAAAUAAAGUUGAAAAAGUUGCAUUCGUUGGGAAUAUGCUAUAAAUUCAAUGUAUGCUAACAGUGUCUCAAAACUAGCAGUUUUUAAUAGUUUAAUGUGUAAAGAAGCGAGACAGAUCAACUCCUCAUUGAGCCUGCCUAUUGUGUUAUGCACUCAAGGAAAGGUUAUUUUGUAGUCUAGUAGUUAUUAGGUACACUGAAAUCUGUGGUUCCCUUCUUUUCAUCUCACCAUUCAGAAUUCUUCUCAAGCUACACUAAAUUGCUGCAGCAAAAUGCUGUUUUAUUGUGUCCCAGGAUUGUACUGUAAACUAUUAGGGAAUUAAAGCAAUGCAUUUUACAAUGCGUAGUGGGAUAUCUGUUAUUUUGGCUGAGGUGAAAAUUCUCCCUAAUAGUGUAGUAAUACAGUGGUAGAGGUAGUUGAAUCAGUAUAAGCUAGUUGUGGUGGCGCAGUGGUUAAGGCUUUGAGUUACAGACCAGAAGGUUGUGUGUUUAAAGCCCAACAUUGCCAAACUGUCUGGCUCUUUGAGCAAGACCCUUACCAUUCAGCUCAGUUGUAUCUAUUUUUUGUAUAUAUUUUUAAAAUCCUGUUGUACUGCUACUGCAAUGAAUACAAUGGAAUAAAAUGGUUACUUAUCUUUUA